UAGUGAAUGUGGGGAUAUUUCAUCAGGUCACGCUCGCUCGUGUUGCGCUGCCCGUGGGUCAACGACAAGAAGACUGUGAGGACGGCACAGUAUCUGAUGAAAUCAUGGCUCCACACCCUGCAGUCCAGGCUAUCAUUGACUUCACGGCUGGAGCAGCAGGCGGGACGGCCUGUGUGCUGAGUGGUCAGCCGUUUGACACGGCAAAGGUGAAGAUGCAGACGUUCCCCUCCAUGUACCGCAGCUUCGUCCACUGCUUCGCGUCCAUCUACAGACAGGUGGGACUGCGCGGCCUCUACAAAGGCACCACACCGGCACUGAUAGCCAACAUCUCUGAGAACGCUGUGCUCUUCCUGAGCUAUGGCCUCUGUCAGGACGCCGUCCGCCUCAUGUCCCGGAUGGACAAAGGAGCAGAACUCAGCGAUAUUCAGAUGGCAUCAGCGGGAUCUUUAGCCUCCAUCUUCUCUGCCAUGGCGUUGUGUCCCACUGAGCUGGUGAAGUGUCGCAUGCAGGCCAUGCAUGAAAUGGAAGCGUCCGGCAAGGUCACGAGUGGACAGAGGAGCACCGUGUGGUCAGUAGUGAAAACGGUGCUGAGAACCAACGGCCCUCUGGGCUUUUACCAGGGACUGACGUCCACCGUCGUGAGGGAGAUGCCGGGAUACUUCUGCUUCUUUGGGGCCUACGAACUGUGUCGGUCCACGUUUGCAACGCACAUGGGCACAGAUAAAGACGGUAUAGGUAUUCUUCCGCUCAUGUUCAGCGGCGGAUUUGGGGGAGCUUGUCUUUGGCUGGUGAUUUAUCCCAUAGACUCUGUAAAGUCCAGGAUCCAGGUGCACUCCUUAGCCGGGAGGCAAGAGGGCUUCAGGAAAACCUUCCUGGGCAUCGUACGCACCGAAGGUUUCCCUGCUCUGUACUCUGGCCUCACUCCUACCAUGAUACGCACCUUCCCUGCCAACGGCGCCCUCUUCCUGGCUUAUGAGUUCACUCGCAAGAGUCUGAUGGAAGCAGCUGGCGCCUGAUGUCACACGGCCGUGCCCUGCAGUAAUGUUUAAAAUGACACGACUACGAGGUUUAAAGUGUUCUAAUUUUAAGUGACGUAAGCUAAAGUAUAAUACAUUUCUAUUGGUGCUGUUCGAGAAUAUGCCAUGAACUGUGUGAGUAUGUAAUGUAAAAUA